GAGUUUAGACUAUUCUAGGGGCUACAGGGUUGAUUUUGUUCCUAAAGAGGAUUGAUUGGUAGAGCUUAUGCCUUAGAACAAAUGAAGGGCUGAUUGAUGAGAUAUCCUUUUAUUUCUUAUUCUAGUGAGAACACAGCGAGCACGUUGCGGCUAGUGUUUGGAAUACGGACCGUAACGGCAGACAUACCCCAGAAUUUGGUCCGUAAACUUCAGAAGAUCAUUCGGCACGAAGAAUAUAAUCCGCAGAAUGCGCACAACGAUAUCGCCUUGAUACAAGUGGACAAACCUAUUGAAUUCAACAGCGAGUCUCAAGUCGCUUGUAUUCCCAUGCCGUCUGCUCAACUUCAGCACUUUACAGAGUGUUACAUUGCAGGAUGGGGUAGUCAUGAUGAAUCUGCGGAACCAGUGAGAAUCAUGCAGGAAGCAAAGGUUGAGCAAAUUGAUGCCAAAGUCUGCAAUGGCACCAAAUGGUAUAAAGGAAGAUUAGGAGAUUCUAACCUGUGUGCCAGCCAGAAGGCAGGGGCCACUUACAGCUGCCAGGUAUGUGUUAUUAUAUUGUGCAUAUCAUCUGCUGGGAUGAUUGUUUCCUAGGGAUGAGUGCUUUUUAUCAUUACAAUUUACCAACUUCAAUAUUAAUCGUUUUAAUUGUAUAUAGUGCAAUUGCAUUGACCAUAACUAAAGCUAAAAUGUGCAAGGACCAUUAUUAUUAUUAUUGUUAGUAUAAUACAUCACAGUGGGAUGAAGUUAUGUUUUUGUUCAGUGAAAUUAAUAUUCAUAUUUAUUUUUCUCUUUCUAUUUUAGGGUGACAGUGCA